GUUUUGGGUUUUAUACCGAGCUAAGCAAGAUGGUCCUGUAGUAUUGGGAUGGCGUCAUCCUUGGGAAGGACAUGGGGACCAUUCUCAUGGUCAUGACAAUGAACACGAGGCUUCGCAUUAGAGUUCUUGGAAAAAAAAAUGGUGGAAUUGAAUGAACAGCCGGUUAAUGCAGAUGAAUAAACUGGGCUUCUUUGUCUGGACUCUUUGAACUUCUACUUCUAACAUUCAUGCUUAUUAUGCCUUAGUGUUCAUCUGUAGCAUCAUAAAAAUAUCCUUUAUAAUUGGGAUAAAUCCAAUGAUGAUAAUGAUGAUCUCAAGUUUGGUUUCUA